CCAAUCAGCUCGCUCCGCUGCCGCGCCGCUUCCGGGUUCAGUCCUCUUAUCAUCCCAGCCGGAGCGUCACGAGCGCCCACUCUGCUGCCCGCAAGAGACAGAGAGACGCACCGAGCCUGCACACACACCGGAAAGAUCCAGAACCAUGUCCAUCCUGAAGAUCCACGCUCGUGAGAUUUUUGACUCCCGUGGUAACCCCACCGUGGAGGUCGACCUGUACACCAAGAAAGGCCUGUUCAGAGCUGCAGUCCCCAGCGGCGCCUCCACCGGCAUCUACGAGGCCCUGGAGCUCCGCGACAAUGACAAGACACGCUACAUGGGCAAAGGUGUCUCAAAAGCAGUUGAUCAUAUCAAUAAAACAAUUGCACCUGCACUGGUUAACAAGGAUGUGAACGUGACUGAACAGGAGAAGAUCGACAAGCUGAUGCUGGACAUGGAUGGCACAGAGAACAAGUCUAAGUUUGGUGCCAAUGCCAUCCUGGGUGUCUCUCUGGCUGUGUGCAAGGCCGGUGCCGCCGAGAAGGGCGUUCCUCUCUACCGCCACAUUGCUGACCUGGCUGGAAACCCUGAAGUCAUUCUUCCAGUCCCGGCCUUCAAUGUCAUCAACGGCGGCUCCCAUGCAGGCAACAAGCUGGCCAUGCAGGAGUUCAUGAUCCUGCCCGUCGGCGCCAGCAGCUUCAAGGAGGCCAUGCGCAUCGGCGCCGAGGUGUACCACAACCUGAAGAACGUCAUCAAGGAGAAGUACGGCAAGGACGCCACCAACGUCGGGGACGAGGGAGGCUUCGCCCCCAACAUCCUGGAGAACAAGGAAGCUCUGGAGCUGCUGAAGAACGCCAUCGGCAAGGCCGGCUACACCGACAAGAUCGUCAUCGGCAUGGACGUGGCCGCCUCCGAGUUCUACAAGGGUGGAAAGUACGACCUGGACUUCAAGUCCCCCGACGACCCCAGCCGCUACAUCUCCUCUGACAAGCUCGGCGAUCUGUACAAGAGCUUCGUGAAAGAUUACCCCGUGGUGUCCAUCGAGGACCCCUUCGACCAGGACGACUGGGAGGCGUGGACCAAAUUCACAGCCACCACCAGCAUCCAGGUGGUGGGAGACGACCUGACGGUCACCAACCCCAAGCGCAUCUCCAAGGCCGUGGACGAGAAGUCCUGCAACUGCCUGCUGCUGAAAGUCAACCAGAUCGGCUCCGUCACAGAGUCCCUGCAGGCCUGCAAGUUGGCCCAGAGCAACGGCUGGGGCGUGAUGGUCAGCCAUCGCUCCGGGGAGACGGAGGACACCUUCAUCGCCGACCUGGUGGUCGGUCUCUGCACCGGACAGAUCAAGACGGGCGCCCCCUGCCGAUCCGAGCGUCUGGCCAAGUACAACCAGCUGCUCAGGAUUGAAGAGGAGCUCGGGGCCAAAGCCCGCUUCGCCGGUCAGAACUUCAGGCACCCCAUCUAAGCCGGUGUCCUGCCUGGGCCUCCGUGUGUUCAUCGCUCAUAAAUAACCCCACACACACACACGUAUACGCCACGCUAGGUCGCCCGCCCCGUCUGGAGAGAAGUUGAAGAGAUCUCCGCUGAAUUUCAAGGUCCAACUCUGCGGCGUGUCGACGUGUCGACGCGGCGGCGCGUCCGGCCGCGGCCGCAGUUCAGCUCAUUCUCAAACCGUGCUUUAACUUCCUGAAUUGUUCUCGGUCCCCGUGUCUCGUGUCUGUGUGAGAGGUUUUCUUUCAGCUUCAUGUGAGUUGUUGUGAUUCUGGUCCUACUGAGUAUUCGAGCUACUGUAACCUCGGUGCGGCCCUGCCUCCGGCAGCGGUGAGAGCACUGCGUGUGCAAUGUGUCGCAUCUGAAAAGGUCUUGUGUUGCUGUAAGCGUUGGCCGAAAUAAAUACUAUAGUUUGA